UCAGAAGCAAACACAAAAUGACAGAUAUCACCUCUUACUUUCUUUUCCUACUUUAUUUACCCUUUUCAAUUUCCACACAAAAUUAAACGAAAUUAACGAAACAGCUCGCAAUCCGAUGCUAUAAAUUCCCCCAAAAAUUCUGUUUUGAAGGUGCUUUUUUGAAUUGAGGAAUAGGAGCUGAUCUGAGAAAGCAUUACUGGUUUUCGUUAAAAUGGCUUGUAGAGGCUGUUUGGAGUGCAUACUAAAGCUCCUCAACUUCUUGUUGACCCUUCUGGGUCUGGCUAUGGUUGGUUAUGGCAUUUACUUGUUUGUCGAGUACACGCGAGCUGCUGGAGGUGAUGCGGCAUUGCCUCCUGUGAGUGGUGAUUCGGUUUUGAUACAGUUUGGUCGUCCGCUGCUUAUGACUGCUUCGCUUUCCGAGAAUUUCCUUGAUAAGCUGCCAAAAGCUUGGUUCAUCUAUGCAUUUAUUGGUGCUGGAGCUAUCCUCUUCGUUAUAUCUUGCUUUGGUUGCAUUGGAUCUGUAACACGAAAUGGAUGCUGCCUGAGCUGUUAUUCAGUAUUGGUUAUCGUGCUGAUAUUGAUUGAAUUGGGAUGUGUAGCAUUCAUUUACUUUGACAAAAGUUGGAAGGAAGAAAUCCCAACCGACAAAACUGGAAACUUUGACAUGUUAUAUGACUUUUUGAAAGAGAACUGGAAGAUUGUCAGAUGGGUUGCACUUGGAUUAGUUAUUUUGGAGGCCCUACUUUUCGUUUUAGCCCUUAUGGUUAGAGCGGCAAAUAGACCUGUAGAUUAUGAUAGUGAUGAUGAGCUCAUUGCUCCAAGGCAACAGGUCCGACAACCAUUGAUCAACAGGCCACCAGGUCCAGCAACAGGUACACCUGUUGCCGGCGCCCUUGAUCAACGUCCUAGCAGAAAUGAUGCUUGGAGCGCACGUAUGCGGGAAAAGUAUGGUCUUGAUACUUCCGAAUUUUCAUACAACCCAUCGGAGUCUCAUCGGUUCCAGCAAGUGUCCACUCAGCCUACAGAAGAAAGGAGCCGAUGCAUCAUCAUGUGAUGCAAUUGUGAAUCUGGGUUGAUUUUCUUCAAUGCACAGCUUUCAUGGACAGAGGGGUGAGAGUUUUGUUGUUAAGUGUGUAAAUUAGACAUUGUUCAGGUGUUCCAUAAAUUCCCAAUCUUUCUUUUCUUAUCUUCUGAAAACAACUUUUUCUAUGAACUGAGAUUGAUGUUCAAAAUUAUUAUGUAUUUUAUUUAAUCUACUGGUUCGUUCUCUUCGUA